GUCGGGCAGCAGCAGGGGUCUGGAGAGUGGGAGGAGGGAGAAGACCAAAGAAAGGACAGAAUGAGACUGGAGAAAGGACACAUCUAAAAAAGAGAGGGACAGAGAGUGGAGAUAGAGGAAGGAACACAACCAGAGAGGCGAGAGAGAGGUAGAGAGAGAGAAAGAGAGAGAGAGAGAGAGAGAGAGAGAGAGGGGAGGGAGCAAAGAGGGUUAGCUCAUCUAGAGCUGCUAGUGCAAACGUGCAGGGGAGAAGUUGUGGGAAAGUAAACAGAACAGGAGAAUUCAAAUCUGUUUUUCAGCCACUUGCAGCCCUCGCAGGGGACCACAGAGAUGCCUGUGCUGGACCCGGCAGCGUGGUAACAACUGAGAGUUUAUGGGAGGCUACCAGGAUUAAAGUGUCACCAGGGUGCGCCUGGAGCUUCUUGGAGGACAUACUACUGAAGACAAGGAGGGAUUAUGUCUACUGUGAUGUCUCAACGGCAACCACCAAAAGAGGAUGAAGAGGAGGAAGAUGAGGAGCAAGGGGAAGAGUUUUCGUUUGAGGACAGUGAGGAUGAGGAGAACAGUAAAGGGAUCACCUCUGACUCUGCUAGAUCUGUCCAGUUGUCGAAAAAGGAGGAGAGUGAGACAUCGGGCAGUGUCUCACAAACAGGCACAGACUGCACACAACUUCUUACACUUGCGCCUCCUGCUGGACAGGAGGGCGUCCUCCCCAAGGAUGUAGCUUCAAUUUCUACUGCAGAUGUUCCAGUUAAUGAGUCACCCAGCGGGGCCUCGGCGGUGGCGGCGGGCGGCAGCAGCAGCAGCAGCAGCAGCAGCAGCAGCCGAGCCCAGUACCUCAGCGUCUCGUGUGGGAGAGGAGCUGCGGGGGCUUCCAGUUGUGCCGCCAGCUGUGGAGACGCCGACUGAUUCAGGAGACCACAGCAAAGCGAUCGGCAAGGAAAGCUCCGACUCCAGGGACACCACUGAAGCUUUGCGUGCGGCUGAAGCCGAGCCACAGACAGAGGAGGCUUCCGAGGUGAUCUACGAUGACGUUCCAAGCGAGGACCCCCUCUCUCCCGAUGCAGACAUGAUCUACGAAGAUGUCCAGAGAGACAGUGGUCCUCUGGACGCGGACAACGCGUGGAGCUCCAGCGAGUUCGAAAGCUACGACGAACAGUCUGAUAACGAGACCAAGCUACCGACACGGAGCAAGCUCUCUCCUGAAGUGUGUCGGCUGAGGGAACGCUGUGCCAGGACCAAACGCGAACUGGCCAUGAGGCUGUCUGGCAAGCACAACUAUGACAUCAAGGUUCAGCAGCUCAUGAAGGCGGCGCGAAGCGGAACGAAGGACGGCCUUGAAAAGACCAAGAUAGCCGUCAUGCGGAAAGUUUCCUUCCUCCAGAGAAAAGAUCAAUUGGAAGAGGAGGAUGAUGCAGGAUACCUGGAUGUGGCUGUGUCAGAAGUGAAGCAUCCCCCCCCACAGCUGAGCCCCAUGCCAGAGGGGCUGACCAACCACCAGGUUGUCAGGCGCCAUAUCCUCGGCUCCAUCAUUCAGAGCGAGCGGAGCUACCUGGAGUCUCUCAGGAGAAUCGUGCAGGAAUACCAGAGACCAUUGAUGGAAGCUGAUCCACGCAUCUUGAGUCCAAGAAAGAUACGGCCUAUAUUUUUCCGAAUGAGGGAGAUCACACAGUGCCACUCCAUGUUUCAGAUUGCACUGGCGUCACGUGUGGCUGAGUGGGACAGCAGUGAGAAAAUCGGAGACUUAUUUGUUGCCUCGUUUUCCAAGUCCAUGGUGCUGGAUGUAUACAGUGAUUACGUGAACAACUUCACCAAUGCCAUGGCUCUCAUUAAAAAGGCGUGCAUGUCCAAACCAGCUUUUCUGGAAUUCUUAAAGAAGAAGCAGUCAUCUAGUGUUGACCGGAUCACCCUGUAUGGCCUGAUGGUUAAGCCCAUUCAGCGAUUCCCUCAGUUCAUAUUGCUCCUGCAGGACAUGCUUAAGAAUACGCCAAAGGGCCACGUGGAUCGUCUGCCCCUGCAGCUUGCUCUGACAGAGCUGGAGAUGCUGGCCGAGAAGCUGAAUGAACAGAAACGAGUCGCCGACCAGAUUGCAGAGACUCAACAACUAGCCCGCAGCGUCAGUGAUCGCCUGCUCAGUAAGCAACUGAACUCGGAGCAGGGGUCACUGGUCCUUUGUGAGACGCUUAUUGAGACUGUGUACGGCGAGCGGGGACAAGUCCUGAAGUCCAAGGAGAGAAAGGUCUUCCUCUUUGAUGAUGUGCUCAUCUGCGCCAACAUAAAUGUCAAGGGGCCUCCGGAUAUCAGCAGCCUGGUCCCUGUCGGCCCCAAGUACACCAUGAAGUGGAGCGCCCCUCUACAGCAGGUGCAGGUAGUUGAGGUGGGCCAGGAGGCGUCUCAAAGCAAAGACACCUUCUUCCAACAGAGCGGGGCCAAGCGGCCAAGUGGUGCCUGCACUUCAGGUAAAGCGAUCCUCGGGCCUCCACGGCUCUACCAGGAGCUGCAGGAACUGCAACAUGAUCUGUUUGUCGUGGAGGAGGUCACUCUCCUUGUGGGCACGCUGCAGGGGAUGUACCAGAACCUGAACACCACUGUGGCACAGGACUGGUGUCUGGCUCUACAGAGGCUUAUUCGCAUCAAAGAAGAACAGAUCCAGAGUGCUAACAAAUGUCGCUUACGCCUGCAGGUGCCCGGCAGGCCAGACAAGUCAGGGCGUCCGGUCAGUUUCAUGGUGGUUCUCAACACACCCAACCCCCUUAGUAAGAUCUCCUGGGUCAACCGUCUGCACCUGGCCAAGAUCGCACAACGGGGGGAGAAUUCACCAGGCUGGUUGUGUGGAGAGGAUGAGGGGAAGACGAUGGCCCCAUUUUGGUGUCCGCUGCUUGCCUGUCACAUGCCUGUCUUUGCUACAAAGUCCCCAGACAGAAAGCUUGAAGCUGCCCUCCACAAUCGUGUUCACUGUGCAUUGUUGGGCUUCUCUGCAGCGAGCACCUCCUUACCUCAAGGCUACUUCUGGGUGGCUGGGGGAGAAGGUUCGCAUGGGCAUAUCGAGAUAUUUUCCCUCAACAGGCCCACGCCGAGGACUGUAAAGAGCCUGCAGGUAGGCUCUGCAGUCCGAUGUCUGGAUUAUGUGCCAGAACCUUCUCCGACUGAGGAAGUGGAGGCUGGAGUUCACAAGGCCACGUCGGGGAUCGGCGCCAACAUUUGUGUCGGAUUAGACGAUGGACGCAUACUGGUCUAUGGCAGCGUGGACACUGCAGCCCAAUGCCUAUUGACCCUCCAUAACCCAGAGGGCUGCCCUGUGCUGUGCCUAAAGCACUCCUCUCGCUUCCUGUUUGCAGGCCUGCGGAACGGGACCAUGAUGGUGUAUGGAAGAAGUGACAACGAUGAUUUUUGGGACCCAGACUCCCGGAGAUGUGUGAGCCUGGGCUCAGAACCGGUGCGGACACUGUUAGUGUUAGACGACUCAGCGUGGGCAAGCUGCGGGAACUCUGUCACAGUCAUGGACAUCUCCAGCCUCACCACUCAGACGUUUGAAGUCCACCCAGACCCAAUGAUCAGCGUGGCACACAUGGCGUGUGCCGGUGGAGGGGUGUGGAUGGCGUUCUCCGAGGGUUCCUCCAUCCGUCUCUUUCAUACCGAAACACUGGAGCUUCUGCAGGAAAUCAACAUCUCAACACGCUCCACGCUGCUGAACACUGGUCAAAAGAGCAUGCGAGUCACGAGUCUGCUAAUUUGCCAGGGGCUGUUGUGGGUGGGCACUGCCCAAGGCUUAAUUAUCACUCUUCCAGUUCCCAAACUGGAAGGCAUCCCCAAAAUAACAGGAAAGGGAAUGAUCUCUCUAAAUGCCCACUGUGGGCCCGUGGACUUCCUGGUGGCCACCACCAGCACUCUGUCUCCUGAACUGCUGAAGAGGGAUUCUGUCGUGGAUGGCCCAGACUCGGCCUUCGGAGGCGAGGACCGCAGCGACACCUCCUCUCAGGAAUCCCUGCAACAGUCCUACCAGGGAGAGGGCCGAGGCAAAGGACGCGGCGUCCUGCUGCAGUACAAGCUGCGCUCUACGUCGGGACUGCCCGGGCGGCCGUUAACAGCGCUGGGCGACGAGGCCUCGGACUCCUCCCUGGAGUCCUUGGAGCACAGCGUGGAAGAUGGAUCCAUCUAUGAGCUCAGCGAUGACCCAGAAAUGUGGGUCCGGGGACGUCCUUGCGAGAGGGACGGGGGACGCAGGGACAGGGUGAUCUCUGCAGCGGUUAUCUCUGGAGGCAAGGGCUUCCGUAGACUGAAGGAAGGGGCGGCAGCAGGUACUAGGACAAGCGGCGAGGGUUUAGAGAAUAUUCUUAUGGUAUGGCAGCUCCCACUGACAGUGUGAUAUGGAAAAUAUAUGGCAAGGUGAUGGGUAUUUAUAGAUGUCUACCCAGCUUAGCCUUGAAUCAACCGUUCCAUAUAUUCAAGGGAUUUGAAUAAACACGUACUGUAGGAUGUGAAGGUCUUGCCACCGUUGCGGAGCUUGACAUGUUAUGAUUUAGCCUGUGGAAUGAGGAAGGUAAGACGUGCUGUUUACCAGUGGUACGGUCAGCCCAUAGGAUGCUGUGAAUGUUGAGGCUUGUGCGUCAUCACCUUCCCAGCAGUUGGCAGAGGCCCGCCACUGAUUAGUCGUGAGUGAUUGUUUUGAUCUGGUUCCUCGUCCUGUCUGUGUCACGAUUGAUAUGCCUCGAUUCAACCUCAUCAUUGUGGCGUGUGCUCUGCCACAUUUAUUUUACGCAAAGGACUUGUGUGUGUGUGUGUGUGUGUGUGUGUGUGUGUGUGUGUGUGUGUGUGUGUGAGUGUGAGUGUGUGUGUGUGUGAGUGCCCACAGACAGCACGCCUUUGAGAGGCAGGCUUUGUUGAAUCUGCCAUGCUCUGCAGAGUCAGAGAUGGACGUAUUUUAUUUGAUCCUGUGGGAGCGAUCCCAUCUGUUUCCAGCUGAAAGCUGGGGACUUCCACCGCAUCACAAAGCACAUUAGCAUCACUUUAUUAGCUCUUAGCCAGCCUAUCUCUCAUCUCCUACAAUGUGAAUGUGCGAUACCUUCUAUUGUGUCUCAAAAUUGAAUCUGUGCUCUCUUAAAAAAAAAAAUAAAAAAAAUAAUAAUAUUUCCUGUUUUGUUGCAGCUGUUGCAAAAACGUUUUUUUUGGUUAUGGAAAAUUAGUUUCUUCCAAGAGCUUACCAUGCCGUGAUUGAGGAGAAUCAUGGUAGUACAGACUGGCUGCACAACUGUUGUAAAAAAAAAAAAGAAGAAAAAAACUAAUUUGGGAAACAAAGAGUCAAAGAUGUUAUUGCUCUACUCUACAGAAUCUAUAUUUGCACUGUAGAAAUCCUGUAAUUAUUACAGAUUUAUUUUGAGGAAAAGAAACGUCUUGGUCCCACAUUUUAGAGUUUUAUCUUGCCCAAGUACUGUAAAUGCCAGAUAUCCGUUUCAUUAUUCGCUGCCGUCCAUCAGCUAGAUGAAAGAAAUGCGCGCACAGGGUUUUAACGCAGCUCACAUUAGCUGGAAACGCCAGAAAUGGAUCAAAAAUAAAGCUCUAUAAACGAGACUGAUGAAAUAAAAGGGCUGCAGCGAUCCAAACUGCUCUCAGCUGUGUAUCGACGGUGGGAACCUACCUAAGAGAGACGCCAAUGAGUGCACAUUUUCAGUAAUAUACAUUAUGAUUUGAUUAAAGAUGGUGUAUGACAAUACAUAGCAUACGUCUGUAUUACAAUAAACAGGUGCUGAUGUAUAGUAUCUCUGAUAUCAGCCAGGACGCUAAAUCAUGUAAACCUUGUCUUAUCAACACUUGUUUUCAUGCUAAUAUUUGGUGAAUAUUUGGAGUUUAAUGCAAAGUAAUAUAAUAAUAUUCUAUCAUCAAGAUAUGAGGAUGCACGUAAACAACAUGUCAUGCCUGUUGGGUGGGAACCUCACAUCUCCAGUUUUGGUGAUUUAUCGUGUCUUCAGUUGAUCCAGCUGAUUAGAUGGGUCUGUCUUUAACCUGAGAGGCUUCUAAAAACUCUUUUUAACCACCUUUAGUGAUAUGAACCAUGCAUUGUCAUUUGGCUUUUACUUUAGAAAUACAACAACAGGAGUAUGAUGAAUCGGAGCUGGUAUGAGACGCGUUCACUGGUACUGUGUGGAAUACUGUGAACUUCAUAACUUAGCAUUGGCGGGCUUGUCUCGCAGACAAAUCCAAGUAUAUAUUUCCCACCGUGUGUUGAACAAUAGGUGGAGGCCAUGCAAGGAGCCAAAUAUGAACAUAGCUUUCAUGGAUUUUCAAUAAACCGAGCACUGGCGAAGGUAAUGGAGUAGAAUUUUUUUUUCUCCUCCUCUAUCUUCACUUAGCUCUUCCACCACACGUGGAAUCUCACCUUAUCCUUUCAUCACAGAGGAAGCGUAAAGUUCAUGUUUUGUGUUUCCCUGAGGCACACCUGAGGUUUAUUUCCCCUUGUUCUUUUCCUUCUCACAACUUAAGUUCUAAAGCGUUUAAAACAUCCUGCUGUCAACCAGAGUCCUACAUCAAACAUGGAACGCUCAAUGUCACGUCAGAAAUGUAAAACUCUGAAUUCAUGUGAGAUUCAUCGCUGCUGGAGCCACAUCUCAACGCCCCAAUGGUUACAGAUAUAGAGGUGGCGUAGAGUCUCACGGGCUGAUCCGCUGAACGUCUGAGGCUUCAUCACUAAGGUAUAGAGACCUUUGAUGGACAUGGACUCAUGCAUUUAAUUUGCUUACACUACAUGUGUACAGGUAUUAUCCAUGCACUGAAUAUUAAUACUUAUGAAUGUACGUACUGUGCUACUAAUUAGAACCGUUACUGUACUAAUGAAACGUGUUCCCUUUUGUAAAGAGGACUCUGCAACUGUGUUGAUGUUUUUAGAUGAGACUGUACAAGGCACGGUGUAUGCCAUUUUAUUUUCCUGUGGCGUUAAAGGAGAAGUCCCGUUUAUUACAAAGUGGAUCUUUUGGCCGUCACUUAUGGUAACACACUCCACAGGUUAUUUGCUGGGAUCUGGGAACAUGGUGGCGUUACUAAAAACACAAGUCUGGUGAGUUAAGAAACACAAACACUCAGAUGAUCAUGCAGGUUUUAAACAAAUACCCUGGAUAGCCGGACUUAUUUAAAAAAAAAAAAAAACAUUAUAAUAAAAUUGUGGGGCACCUGGGUAGCUCAUCUGCGUGCGUACAGAGGCUGAGUCCUGUACGGUUCAUUUUUUUCAUUUUGCGACCUGCGGCCCUUUGCUGCGCGUCAUUCCCCCUCUCUCUCCCCUUUCAUGUCCUCAGCUGUCCUAUCAAAUAAAGGCCUAUAAUGCCAAAAGAAAACACGCUUUAAAAAAAAAAAAAUGUUUACCUAAAUUGUCUGUUGUAAAACUGCCGGUCGCAGGCUACAGACCAGCUUCCCAGCUCAACGUUGACCUACCAUACGGUUUCCCUGUGCAACGAGGCGUUUGUACUCUUAUGGUGGCUGUAUUGACCUUUAGUUUUACCGCCUGUUGUACAACCGUUGCCGUGUUUACAACUUGUGUGAUCACACACCCGACUGCUCGUUUCUUAACCCGUCAGCCUUUGUUAGUGCUGGAGCGAUGUCUCCCUGAUAACUUUGGUGAGUACAAAAUUACAAUACCUGAUUGAAAUGGUGGCCAAACCUACAAAAGUGUGGUUACAAAAGACAAGAUACACCGGAAUUAUCCUUUAAGCAAAAGUAUUACACCUAAAGGGGAACUACGCCCAUUUUUUGAAAUUCUUACAUGUUACUCCUAUGGUCCAAGACAGUCCAAAAAUAGUAGACAUGAACGUAAAUCCAAAAACUAGAGUGCUAAAACUGAAAUUUGUGAUGUCAUCAAGUAUAAAGUGUGGAACUGCUCUGUAGAAAAUGACCUGGAAGAUGUUCUAGAUGACACUUAGAGCCCCCCCCCCAUCUGAGUAUACGGCUAUAUUUUCUGUUUCAAAAGUGAGAACACUACAAUGGAAUAAAGCUCAUUUGGGUAUAUAAAAAAUGAAAACAAAUCCGUCUUCCAUUCAUUGUCCACGGAGCAGCUCCAGACUUUACACUUGAUGACAUCACGAGUUUGAGACGUACUUCUCUGGUUUCUGGCUUUGAGAGGGAGUAAGGCAAGGCAAGGCAGCUUUAUUUGUAUAUUACUAUAUUCGUAUAUUAUUUGUAUAUUUCAACAAUAUGGCAAUUCAAAGUGCUUUACAUAAAAAUGAUUAAAAAAGGAAAAACAGAUGAAAUACGAGAAUAAAAGUUACAGUGCCGUAUAAGAAAUUACACAUUAAAGAGCAGUUAGGAACAGUUAGACAUAUAAAAGCAGAUAAAAUAUUAGAUUUUAGGCUGCUAUAUGGGAACGGGCCGGUCCCACCGGCACAUGUAGCUCAUGUUCCUUUCAUAGGCCAUGGAGGUAACAAAUUGGAAUUCUUAAUUUAGGUAGUGUUCCCCUUUAUUGCUGCCACAUGCAUGUGGAAACAGUGCUCAUUUCCCUUUGGUACAAUACUUGAAUGGUAUGUGUCUAAACAUUGUCUAACAAGCUUAUGCUAAAUUAAAAACAACGUUUAAACUUGA